CGACAGUCAAAACCAUUCUGCCUUCAUCUACAGGGAAUGACGCACACAAUGGCUAAUGUGCUUUCUUACAUUACGCUUCUGUUGUGCGCCAUAGCCAUCAACGAGGCCUGUAAAUGUAGAGUGCCACAUCCACAGACUCAAUUUUGUAAUGCAGACUUUGCAAUUCGUGCCAAAGUUUUGAGGGAGUCGCUGGACGGAGACCAAAGAAUUUACACACUCCGAGUCCUACGAACCUUCAAAGGUGAUUCAACAAUCGGCCGCUUGGCCAGGACUCAAGGCAAGGGGAAGAAAACGAAAAGGGUGAUAGAUGUCACAACAAAUAGCGAUACUGCUGCCUGUGGCGUGCGUCUCGACAUUUCGAAAGUCUACCUUAUACUCGGUGACGUAGGAACACGCACAGACAGGCAGGUGUUAACAAUGCACAACUGUCCACUACAGUCUUUGUGGCGAGACAUCACUGUGCAACGACGCCGCGGGCUCAAGUCAGUUUACGGACGGAACUGCCAAUGCAAAAUUGAAAAGAUCUGUUACAAGAGUCCUCCGAGCUUAUGCGACAAUAUGAUUGGUGGGUGCGACAAGCCGGCUGCUGACAGUCGGGUGACCUAUUGCCGAGGCAAGCAUUCAUAUUGCGCUAAGACUGGUGACAAGUGUAGGUGGAUCCUUCCAAGAAGAGCUGAUUUCCAAAAAUGCUUGCAAGAGUGAAAAGUUUAUGCCUCAACAUGGCCAAACGGAGCCCGCUUUCAAUACUUCGAAAUAGAUUCCUGUAGACAUUUAAGCGCAGAAAGGAUGUUCAUCGAUUGAUCCGAACCCUUAAAAUGCGAUUGAUGUAGUUCCCCCUUUCAUAGUAGUUGCUAUAUAUUCUAUUGCAAAUUAGUUGUGUACUUGGAAAAAUAACGAAAUAAAAUGCCUGCCUAUACAAAAAUG